AAAUUAGAGCAAGAGCAUAGCAGCUAAUAGUAAUUGUGUCCGGACCGCCGACGCAAAAAGUAAACAAGAAAAAUGUUUAAAUUUGUGGUUUUUCUCGCUAUUGUAGCAGUUGUUACUGCUGACCUGGCUCGUAUGCCAGUUUACAAACAUGAAAACUUCAAGAAGACCUCCAAGCACAUCCGUGCUGAACUGAUUAACUUGCGCACCAAAUACAAUUUAGGCAAGCCACAAUCCGGUGUCUUGGAGGAAAUGUACAACUCCAUGAACAUGAAUUAUUAUGGCAAGAUCACAAUUGGCACACCACCACAAGAUUUUCUUGUUCUGUUCGAUUCUGGUUCCUCCAAUUUAUGGGUUCCUUCUAGCCAUUGCUGGUUCUGGGAUGUCGUUUGCAAGAAGCACAAUCAAUACAAUCACGAUGACUCCAGCACUUACGUUGCAAACGGUGAAUCCAUCAGCAUUUCUUAUGGCUCUGGAAGCAUGGGUGGUUUCCUCUCCACAGACACCGUCUCCGUUGCCGGUUUGGAUAUUAAAUCACAAACAUUUGCUGAAGCUAUGAGCGAGGCAUCAAACUUCAUGGAUUCUAACUUUGAUGGUCUCUUCGGUAUGGCUUACCAAUCACUUGCUAACGAUGAUGUUGUGCCACCUUUCUACAAUAUGUGGUCACAAGGUUUGGUUGAUUCUGAUGUGUUUUCAUUCUAUUUGGCUCGCGAUGGAACUGCAACUGAAGGCGGUGAAUUGAUUUUCGGUGGUUCUGACGCAACUAAAUAUGUCGGCGAUUUAACCUAUGUACCAGUCUCAAGUGAAGGCUAUUGGCAAUUCGAAGUCACUUCCGCCACCGUUAAUAAGGAAAGCCUUUGCGACAACUGCCAAGCUAUUGCUGAUACCGGUACCAGUCUUAUUGUCGCCCCAUAUGAUGCCUAUCUAUCUGUGAACGCUGAGAUCGGUGCUGUUGAAAAUGAUGAUGGCAACUAUGUUGUUGACUGUGAUUCCGUCGAUACCUUGCCAGAUGUUUCAUUCGUUAUUGGUGGCACCACCUUCACUUUGGAUUCUAGUGCAUACAUUGUUAAUGUUGAUGAUAGCUGCAUGUCUGCCUUCACCUACUUGGGCACAGACUUCUGGAUUUUGGGUGAUGUCUUCAUUGGCAAAUACUACACUGAAUUUGAUUUAGGCAACAACCGUGUUGGUUUCGCACCAGUCGCUUAAUUUUUCAUAACGUUACACCCUUCGAUAUUAAACCUCUAAACCAAUAAGAAAAAUAAGUAAAAUGAAUAAAUAUUAACAAUAAUCUUCAACAUA